CCAUCCAAAAUAACAAACCAUCUAACAAACAGUGGGCAAAUACGAAGCCUUGAAUUAUUUUCGACGCCGUUUCAUACUCUUCAUUUGCUUUGCUUCUUCUCCAAGAACCUUCAGACAAAAUUCCCCUUUCUUCUUCCUCUCACUCUCUCUCCUCUCCAAUUUCAUCUCUCUCUCUCUAGAAUUCGUUGGAAGAUGUCGCUAAUUAGGGUUUUAGGAAGAGCGUCAAAAACAGCGUUCUCUCAUUCUCGGACCUAUUUUCUCUCUUCUCAAUCAUCUCUUCAUCACCAAAAUUACACUUUCUCUCUCCUCUGUAAUCGCUUUCAUUCUCUCUCCAACGUUUCCAACAAGGCGUCUUCCUUGCAUAAUGGACUACGUAGCACUGUUGCUUUUCAACACUCUGGAAUGGCAACCUUUGCAUCCCCUGAAGAAGAGCAGGGGAUACAUGCAGAGAAGAAAGGGGAUAAUGGUGGUGUGGAUGCUGCAAAACAAGCAGAUGAAGCUUCUACUGCAGACAACGAGGCUGCUGCACAAAGUGAAAAAACAGGUUUUGCUUCAGAAUCACAACAUACGUCUGAAACCGUCAAAAGACGGCGACAAGGCACUAAAAGAACUGCCUUUUCUGAUUCAGAUUCUGAGGGAGACAUGGAUGACCUUACCAAAGAAGAUCUGGUGAAACUUGUGUGCGAAAAGGAAGAAAUCCUGGAGAACAAGCAGAAAGAGUUUGACGAAUGGAAAGACAAAGUUCUCCGUAAGUAUGCUGAAAUGGAGAAUAUCAUGGAGCGAACAAGACGUGAUGCAGAGAAUACAAAGAAAUUUGCCGUACAGAAUUUUGCGAAGAGUUUACUGGAUGUAGCAGACAAUUUAAAUAGGGCUUCUUUUGUAACUAAAGAGAGUGCCAACAAAAUUGAUGCAUCGAAGGAUACUGUUGGAGCAAUGCCACUUUUAAAAUCACUGCUAGAAGGUGUAGAAAUGACUGAAAAGCAGCUUGCGGAGGUUUUCAGAAAAGCUGGUAUUGAGAAGUACGACCCUAGUGAUGAGCAAUUUGAUCCAAACAGGCAUAAUGCAGUAUUUCAAGUACCUGACAACUCUAAGCCUCCUGGUACUGUCGCUGUUGUCCUAAAGGCGGGCUACACGCUUCAUGAGAGGAUCAUCCGACCAGCUGAAGUUGGUGUCACUGUUGCUCCAGAAAAUAACGAGGCCAACUAGGCAGAAAAGAUCUCAGCGGAGCUUGUGCAUUAUGUACUCGAGGAUAUUGAGAAGAAUAUCAACGUUGUCUAGUAUUGUUGCAUUUUUCUGACAUUAGGUUAGCUAGUGCCAUCUUGGUACAAUUUUGAUCCUCCCAUAAAUCUAUUAUUUUACAGCAUAAAUGAGCUUCACUUGUGUUUAAGCUCUGCUCUGUUUUUUAUGAAGUGAUCUUAAAAGUCUUUUCACAGCACAGAUGAGCUUUUAUUAACGCUUUAGCUCUGCUUUUCGUUUAUAAAGUGAAUGGAGAUCAAGAGUUGUGCCUUCA